UUGGUGUUAUAGAUAAGGAUUUAAAGAGAAUAUAUAGGGGAUGCCAAAUGGCAAAACCUAAACCAUUUAUGUGUUUGAAUAUAAUGAUGAAGUGAAGUUUAAUUGUGAAGAGAAGAGGAAGUGAUGGCUAUUGAUUGCAAAUUUGUUCCAUACUUGAGCUGCAGACCUAAUAAAGAGAUAGUGUUUCGAUUCCGUGCAACUGAAAAGGUUACCAAAUUCAAGCUCUCACCUGCCAGGUUUCCUUUUUUAAUAUCUUCUUCAUCUUCACUUUGGUUCCGGCCGACAGCCAUCUCUGCCGCCGCCUAUAAGAAAGAUGUGGAGGAGUCUGAGGAUACCUUCAGAUUAACUUACUUGGAGGGGAAUAGUUGGUUGUGGGAAGUGGGAGGAAUCAAAAUUCUGGUUGAUCCAAUCUUGGUGGGUAACUUGGAUUUUGGAAUUCCUUGGUUAUAUGAUGCUGCCAAAAAAGUUGUCAAGAAUUUUCAGAUUGAUGACCUUCCAUUAAUACACUGCUUACUCAUUACACAAAGCCUUGAUGAUCAUUGUCAUCUCAACACAUUAAAGCCUCUCUCCCGCAAGUUCCCAAACCUCACUGUUAUAGCUACUCCAAAUGCUAAGACACUGCUCGAUCCUCUUUUCACCAAUGUCAUCUACUUGGAACCUGGCCAGGAUUCUGAGAUUGAAGUGAGCAAUGGCUUCCAGGUUAAAAUUGAGGCUACUGCAGGGCCAGUUCUUGGACCUCCUUGGAAGCGACCUGAGAAUGGAUAUCUUGUCACUUCUCCAAAAGGUGCUCUUACUCUCUACUAUGAACCCCACUGUGUCUAUAACAAGACCUUCUUAGAGAAAGACAAGGCAGACAUUGUUAUCACUCCUGUCAUAAAGCAACUUCUACCAAAUUUUACAUUGGUUUCCGGACAAGAAGAUGCAGUUCAACUUGCAAAAUGCCUUUCUGCCAAGUUUGUUGUGCCGAUGAAGAAUGGUGACCUCGACAGCAAAGGGCUUCUCGCUAGUAUUGUAAAAUCUGAAGGAACAAUUGAAUCAUUCAAGCAACUUUUGUCAAAGGAACUACCAGAUGCAAAGGUACUAGAACCUACUCCUGGAGAACCAUUGGAUAUCUCAAUAGCUGUACACGGACAAUAAGAGGAGUCAUGUUUAUCUUCAAUUAUUUUUUUGAACUUAAAAGUAUCAAACACCUAAAAUAUAAGCAAAUGCUAGAGAUAUGUAUGUAAAUAAUAAGUCUUUUUAUUUGUUGUUAAUUUCAUAAACAAAACAAUAGAGACAUCAUACAGUGGAACUGUUGCAA